UGUCCAUCCUGCAGUGUCCCCGGCAAUGUAAUGAUCCGGCGGAUGCCAGCAUCUGUCAUCUGGGUUCCGUCCCGUGUGAGCGUCAGGACGUACGGGGGACGGAAUGGCGGGAAAUUUGAAAAUGACAAAAAUAAAACAUUACUGUAUCAAACCAUUUUACAUACAUUUUGUCCCGAGUGCUUUGUCCUGUGCCCUGCCUGCAUUUUUACUGUUCUUUCUGCCUGGAAACUGAGAAACGUCCAUGGCGUUCAAAAAGCGUCCCUUUAGGUCAAAAGCGGUUUUAGACCAGCAUGAGAACAGCGAUAGUAAAUUAGAACCACUUGCAGAAUUGA